CUGACUCCAGAAAUUGUGUUUGCACUGGGCUUUCGCGUAUGCACGAAUAUUAUCUCUGCACGAGGUCGUGUAUAUAUAUAUAUAUAUACAUCUAUAUGAUCUCCCACUUAUACCAUAUCUGUGCCAUUUGAAUUCUUUAAAAUUAGUGAUACAUUAUCUUAGCCAGAGAAGUGAAACACGUCGUGGACCACUGAGGAUGUACAAAAAUCGAGCAUUACUAAUAUCAAUUGGAUUCCUUGUUGGUUAUGUAUACUGCAAGGAAGAAUUGUGGUGUCACCAUUGCAACGUGGACCUAAAUGACGGCAGGAAGGGCGAGUGCAAUGAUCCGUACAUUGCUGGAGGAGUCGCAAACUUAAAGGCAUGUCCACGGAACGAGGAAUAUCACUGUAUCAAGGGCAUCGUAUACUAUAAAAAUACACGUACCACGGUAAGAGGUUGUGUACCGAGCAGAAAUAUCCGUGACUAUUGUUCCAACGAGACCUUUCCAGAAGCAUCGGUAGAGUGUCACUUUUGCAAGGAAUACGGCUGUAACGGAUCGUCCGGAAAAUUCGAAAAAUCAUUGUGUUCAUUUGUCACGUGGAUUCUUAUUGCACUCAGGAUCUUUCAGUAUAAUCAAUGACUCGAGCUCGCUCUAUGAAACUCUACCGGAAAAGGCUGUUGACUUUGGAACUGGAAACAAUUAAAUGCUGUCUUAUGAAUGAGGGAGAGACGUUGGUUAAGCCUGUUAACAGUGGUAACGUAGUACAGCUAUAGUGAAAGGGAGCGGGUUAAAUGCCUGAGUCAAUUUGGUAAUCCCUCGCGGGGUUAAAUGCGGUGGUGACCCCGUCAGUAAUUCUAGACUAACUAGGCGGAGACCUUACUUCGAAUUAUUUUAUUUAGAGAACAGAAUACGAACUUUUUAUAAUUCUAUGCAUUCACGUGUCGUAUAUACAGUACAUAUGUAAAGAGCAAUAUUAUAUUACGAUAUAGAACAGUGAAACCCAAGCAGCAACGAGAUCUAUGAAAUAUGUAAAAAUAGAUGUAAACGUUGAAACAAGGUUAUGUCGAAUAAAGAACAUUGCUAAGAUA